AUUAGUGGAUGCUGCUGUUAUUGUCCUCUAGAUGGCAGUAGUGCUGAGCACACAGUUAGCAGAGGCAUUAUCCGAGUAAAAGCUCAGAGCAAGGAAAACUCGUGUGGAGGUUCAGUGCUGAAGAAAUCACGACAACACACUCCAGCUUUUAUAUUGAACCUUCUGCUGCCAGACUGUUUAUCUGACGGACACUUCAGCUGCUUGCCUUUAUUCAGUAUAUAUUGGGGCUCAACUGUAAAUUCCUCUACAGAAGCGAUCAGGAACGCUGGACUUUGUUAUUUCAGCUGAUAUUUCAUACACAAACAGGACUAAUUGAGGAGACACGCAUGUUAAAAUGAGAGGAAAAGCUCACUCACUGAAGAGAAAAGACAAAAAACGUGUCACCUGCACUCAGUGUGGAAAGAGUCUGGCAAACAAAGACAGUCUCAAGGUCCACAUGCGGAUCCACACUGGAGAGAAACCAUUCACAUGUUCUCAGUGUGGGAAGAGUUUCAGAGAUGCAUCUGCCCUUAAGAAACACAAGUUGAUCCACACUGGAGAGAAAACACACACAUGUGAUCAAUGCGGAAAUUCCUUUCUGUUGGCUUCAAGCCUGAAUGAUCACCUUAGAGUUCAUGCAACUGAGAAGCCUUCAUGCUCUGUGUGUGGAAAGAGUUUUGUACAUCAAAGAAAUUUAAGAAAACAUCAGAAGAUCCACACCGGUGUGAGAGAGUAUGUGUGCUUUGAGUGUGGAAAGACUUUUAUUACAGCUGCAAACUUACAACAACACCAGAUGAUUCACACUGGAGAGAAACCUUACAUGUGUUCACACUGCGACAAGAGAUUCAGUCAGUUACCACAUCUGAAAGCACAUGAGAGGACGCACACUGGAGAGAAACCGUACAUGUGUUCCCACUGUGACAUGAGAUUUAGUCAGUUAUCACAUCUGAAAAUACAUGAGAGGAUUCACACUGGAGAGAAACCGUACAAGUGUUCACACUGCGACAAGACAUUCACUCAGUUAGGAGGCCUAAAAAAACAUGAGAAGAUUCACAUUAAGGAGAAACAAGUGAGAUUCAGUCAGUCAGAAACAUUGAAAAACACACAAGAGGGUCACAUCUGAGAAUAAUCUUUUGUCGGGAGAGCAGGACGAGAAUUGGAGAAUGGCAGACUUUGUCUUUUAUCAGUGGAGUUCGUUCACAUUUAGACACAUCGCCGUGCUGCUG